ACACGGUCCAACCUACCCGCUGGACCGGCCGCAUUCGCCCGGCUCUCUCAUUUCCAAACGAAAGGCGCGCCGGCCGCCGGCUCUGCUUUCUAAAACCUCCUGAACCAUCGAUAGUUGCCCUCUUAUAAAUGCUUGCCCACGGCACCCUCCAUCAGACCUUGGUAGCCCCCAUUUCCCCGGCCUUCGUCCGUUGAUGCGAUACCUUUCUUCUACUCUCUUCUCAGGCCGAAGCCCUAGCCCUACCCAUCUCCUCACCAGCUUCGCGAGGACUUCUUCUCUGUGCAUCUCCGGAUUUAGAUAUCUUUGUUCGGGUCAUCCCUGUUUCUUUCCGUCAUCGAGGUUCCGUUCUAUCUACUGGCCGAUUCUGCGAGUACAUCCGUGGAGGCCGUUCUCGGUUGAGUCGGGUUUGACCCGGACUUCCUUUUCUUCCUUUCCUUCUGUUGGGGUAGCCAUGUCCGUGGUGGCUAGUAGGGCCGACGAGGCCAUUUCGCUGGCGAAGAAAUCCUGGUUAAAGUCGCAAAAGGAGGCCAUGCUCGCUAAGUACACCCCGUUUGUAGUAUGCUUAGCGUCGGGAAAACUUGAGCAGGAGACGUUCCGACAGUACAUUGCGCAGGAUAUUCAUUUUCUAAGAUCGUUUGCCCGCGCGUACGAGAAAGCUGAAGAAUAUGCUGACGAUGACGAUGCCAAGGCUACAAUAUCUAAAUUGUGGAGAGCUAUCACCGAGGAGAUGAAAUUGCACAACUCUGUUGUUCAAGAUUGGGGAGUUGACCCUAGCAAAGAGAUUCCACCGAACCCUGCUACACUUAAAUAUACAAACUUCUUGGAUGCUACAUCUAACGGCAAAAUUGAAGUAGGAAAGGGUGUUGGCAAAAUUGUCACUCCUUUUGAGAAGACAAAAGUUGCUGCAUAUAUAGUAGGUGCGAUGGUUCCCUGCAUGAGGCUUUAUGCCUUUUUGGGUAAGGAGAUUGAACCAUUUCUUAGUCUAGAUGGAAGUGCUCAUCUCUAUACGAGUUGGAUAAAAAACUAUUCCCCCUCAACCUUUGAGGAAGCUGCUGUACAAAUAGAAGACCUGCUUGACAAACUGAGUGUUCCUCUAACUGGAGAGGAGCUGGAUGUUAUACAGAAGCUCUAUCAUCAAGCAAUGAAGCUUGAGAUUGAUUUCUUUUUGGCACAGCCAAUUGCUCAAUCUUCUGUAGUUCCAUUGUCAAAGCUACAUGAUCCGAAGAACAGGCUUUUUAUAUUUUCAGAUUUUGAUUUGACAUGUACAGUGCUUGAUUCCUCUGCCAUUUUAGCUGAAAUCGCAAUUAUAAAGGCUGCAAAAUCUACUGAUCUACCUGUUGCUGAUAGCUCAAUCAAUCAGAUGUCCUCUUCUGAAUUAAGAAACUAUUGGAGAGAUUUAUCUGGGCAAUAUACCGAGGAGUAUGAGCAUUGCAUAGAAAUCUUAUUACCAGCUGAAGAAGCCAAGACAUUUUCUUCGGAGAAUCUUUACCAACGUCUGGAACAGCUGUCAGACUUUGAGAAAAGGGCGAAUACUAGAGUUAUCCAAUCCGGAGUGUUGAAGGGAAUGAAUGUAAAUGACAUAAAACGUGCAGGAGAGCAUUUAAAUCUUCAAGAUGGGUGCUCAGUUUUUUUCCAGAAAAUUGUUGGAUUGAAGGAAAGGCUUAAUGCAGAUAUUCAUAUUCUUUCAUAUUGCUGGUGUGCGGAUCUCAUAAGGUCUGCCUUUAAAUCAGUAGGCUGUAUUGCUGAUGUAACUAUACAUUCGAAUGAGCUGGAUUACAAAGAUUCUGUUUCAACUGGUGAAAUUGUACGGAAAAUCGAAUCUCCUAUAGACAAGCUCCAUUCCUUCAGAAGCAUCUUAGAUGAAAACAGUAGUGAGGAGCAUCUUUCUGUAUAUAUUGGUGACUCAGUUGGCGACUUGCUUUGCUUGUUGGAGGCGGACAUAGGCAUCGUGGUUGGAUCAAGCGAGAGCUUGAGGAGGGUAGGAAAGCAGUUUGGUAUUUCCUUCAUUCCACUUUUUCAAGGUUUGGUGCACAAGCAGAGAGAAUUUGGGCCCGAUGGGUCAUUGGCGUGGAAAGGGAAAUCUGGCGUUCUUUAUACCGUCUCUGGCUGGCCAGAGAUACAGGCAUUCAUUUUGGGACAUGAAUCUUUUUGAGAAGAAUGUCCCCUAUAGCUUGCCUUGUUCAUUUAAUGCAUACAAAGGGGCUACUAUACUACAAAGUGGCGUAUUUUUAAGACAAGCCACGAUUCGUAUUCUAUCUUUGAUCAACCUCCUUGAGGUUUUUGCCCUAGAGAUGAAGCCGCUGUGUUUGAUCUUGCGCUUGGGUCAUGACAGGUAUGGUUUCACUCUCUGGACAGAGCACUUGUGAUGUGAAUUAUCCAAUAUUAUGGGAUGAUUUCUUUGAAGAUAUAAGGAUUUUUUUUUGUUAUUAUUAGGAAUGAGCUUCGUUUCUAUUGGGGGAUAGGAAUGCUCAUUGUAAAAUGUUGUAGGCUUGAUAUAUUCGAUCAAACCACCCAUGUCAAUGCGUAAUAAUAUAUGUUGGUUAAUUGGUUUUUUUUUUUGCUCGUGCUUUCCUGGCAGGUUGGCACGUGUGCAUUUGCUUUGGCGAAGUUCUUUCCGAUGUGUUUUAUUCGGGAGUUUGCCAUAAUUAUAUAUAUGUUGUCAAUUCUGUAUGGAAGUUAUCAAUAUGUUUUAUUUAUUUCUGCUGCACAAGUAUCGAUUGUUUCUCAACUUGUAAGCAUUAUUUAUAAAUUCCACAAAUGUCCGAAUAUAAUAUUGAUGGAGCAUUGUGACUGAUUAUCUUA